CAGUCUGGACCAAGAGGAGCCAGAACCUCCACAGAUUAAGGAGCAGGAAGAGGAGCACUGCGUCGAGCUCCCAGAGCAACAUUUUCUUAUUGAAGAUGAGUUUCCAUCUGAGCACCAGCUCUGGAACCUUGAGAGGAACCCCAGUCUGGACCAAGAGAAGCCAGAACCUCCACAGAUUAAAGAGGAGGAGGAGCACUGCAUCGGUCUGGAAGUAGAGCAGCUUGUACUGAAGCAGGAGGAUCAAGAUAACCUUUUGUUGAAUCCUACGUUCAAGGAAAGUGACCACAGUGAACCAGAACCAAGUGACCACCAGCUCCUCUCCCACAGCUCAGCUCCGAGCCAAGAUCUCAACGGAGGCCAGUAUGGAAACUCAAAAUCAGUCGGAAAAGCAGAGCAGGCAUCAGAAAAGGGACAUCAUGUCAUCACAAGAGCAAAAGGGAGGACAAGUCCCAGUAACCUUGCAUGUAGCGCUACCAUGUCAAAGAUUGUGCCGAAUAUCUGCAAGAGUAAAAAGGUUUUCCAGUGUGACACUUGUGGAAAAGUCUUUAAGUGGAAGUCAGGAUUAAGCAAACAUCUGAAGGUGCACACAGAUGAGAAACCAUAUCUUUGCAAAACCUGUGGAGAGAGAUUUGGUUACAAGUCAGCACUAAAAACACAUGUUAGAGUCCACACAGGGGAGAAACUGCAUUCUUGCGAAAUGUGUGAAAAAAGUUUCACAAGUAGCACAAAUUUGAAGAUCCACAAGAGAACGCACACGGGUGAGAAACCUUUUACUUGCAAAACUUGUGGGAGAAGUUUUACGCGUGUAGAUUACCUGCAGGUCCACGAGAGAAUACACUCGGGCGAGAGACCUUUUUCUUGUAACACAUGUGGGAGAAGUUUUAUUCAGGGAAAUACCCUGAAGGUACACGAGAGAACACACACAGGCGAGAAACCUUUUUCUUGCAAAACUUGUGGGAGAUGUUUUGCAACUAGAAAUGUUCUCAAGAUACACGAGAGAACACACACGGGCGAGAAACCUUUUUCUUGCAAGAUUUGUGGGAGAAGUUUUAGCCAGAGAACUACCUUGCAGGACCACGAGAGAACGCACACGGGCGAGAAACCUUUUUCUUGCAAAACUUGUGGGAGAAGUUUUAUUCAGAGGAUUAACCUGAAGAUCCACGAGAGAACACACACAGGCGAGAAACCUUUUUCUUGCAAAAUUUGUGGGAGAAGUUUUAGCGAGAGAAAUACCCUGAAGAGGCACGAGAGAACGCACACUAGCAAGAAACCUUUUUCUAGCAAGACUUGUGGGAGAAGUUUUACAACUAGAGUGAAUCUGCAGGACCACGAGAGAACACACACGGGCGAGAAACCUUUUUCUUGCAAAACUUGUGGGAGAAGUUUUAAAUCUAAAUAUAACCUGCAGGUUCACGAGAGAACGCACACGGGCGAGAAACCUUUUCCCUGCAAAACUUGUGGGAGAAGUUUUACAACUAGAAUGCAUCUGCAGGACCACGAGAGAACACACACCGGUGAGAAACCUUUUUCUUGCAAAACUUGUGGGAGAUGUUUUGCAACUAGAAAUGUUCUCAAGAGACACGAGAGAACACACACGGGCGAGAAACCUUUUUCUUGCAAAACUUGUGGGUGAAGUUUUAGCCAGAGAAAUACCCUGAAGAGACACGAGAGAGCUCACACUGGCGAGCUUUAUUUCAAAUCUCAAGAUGAAUUACCAUCACACUAGCUAGCAGUUAACUUGUUUUCACGUGUUUCUAAACCAAUAAAAAGUCUCAGCAACUUUGUUCUGCUUCUUCAAAAAGAGAUAAACAUGAUGCUUAGGGAGAAAUGGUUUCCAAGGCAAAAACCAUGGGAAUUAUAUCUCACACUUAAAUUAAAAUGUAUAACCUGUCUGCUCAGAUUUUCUGUCGUAGUUCUGACAUAUUUGAUAAGAAGAAUCACCGUUGAAUAUAUCACCUUAUUCAUUUCAGUUUUUUUACUGUAACAUUAAUCAAUUUAACUAUUAACUGACGGGUACAUGAACUUACUGUCAUACGUAAUUGUUUAUGGUAUUUCACCUACAGGUG